AUUUGCCUAGAAACUAAUUAUGUCCCUAUGUCAGAGUUCUUUAUGGAGAAUUCUUUGUGGAAUAAAACCUUCUCAAAGGAAAUCUUUAGCUGGUCUUGAUGAUGUUACAGCAGCUGGCAUGAACGGUUUCCAAACAUUAAUUGCCAUUUCUGAGAAGUGGAAAUAUAAAAAUGUUACUAAGUUUCUUAAAAAAGGUAAAAGGUAUCUGAAGAGUAAUUAUCCUUCCAAAUGUAGUGAAAAUUCAACUUUGCAUAGUCACUCAACUUCAUUUGCCCUUUCGGAUAUAGAUCCGGACUUAAACCAAUCAAACAUAACCGAUGAACAAUGCAUUGACUGUACUGACCUCAUUUCAGUAAUCAAUCAGGUUCGUGAGUUGGUUAUACAAAGUGAAGAUGAAGAUCUACUAUAUGAUUUAAAUGUGGCUACAAAAGAUGUUGAAGCCUAUAUGAAACAUCAAAUUCGUGAUGCGCAGCAAAAAAUGGCCAAAAUAAUGGCUUUUGAGCAACUUGAUGAGGAAACAGGAUUUUGGCUAAAAGAUUUUUGUCAAAAAAUAUUGCCCGCUAAAUUCCGUGAAGGCCAAAAAGAAUAUUUUGGGAAAAAAGUAAUGACUCUACAUGUUGAUGUCUUCUUCUUCUAUGAAAAUGAUCGAAUGAAAAAAAAAGUGUAUUUUACUGCUGUAUAUAGAUGUGAGCAAAGCCUUGUUGAUGUACUCUGUCUCGCUGAUGUUGUUUUGGCCAAAGUUAAAAAUGAUUUUCCUUAUUUAAAGAAUCUUUAUGCUAAGUCAGAUAAUGCAUCAUCUUAUCAUGGAAACUUCUACUUAGAAGCCCUUUACAAUGUUUGCAAAGCAAAACAAUUUUUCCUUAAAAGGUAUGAUUACAACGAGCCUUCGCGUGGAAAAGAUCAAUGUGAUAGAGAGUCAGCAGGAGCGAAAUGUGUCAUUAGGAGUUUUGUUGACGCAGGAAACAAUUUAUUGACUGCAGAAGAUCUUUAUGAGGCUCUUCAUAAUGGUAAAGGAAUUCAAAACGCUGAUGUUGCUGUAGUUAUAAUAAAUUCCAAAGCCUCUAUUUUAUCAGGAUCAAAUCUGAUUCCCAACAUAAGCAGUUAUCAUUCUUUUCAGUUUUUCCCUGAUCACAUGAUAAUGUGGAGAUACUUCCGAAUUGGUAAAGGUAAAAAAUGGAACUAUACAAAUGUGACAUUCCAUACUUCAGUUGAAAUUGUUAAGCUCUUUAGUUCGACUUGCAAAAUUUAUACUGCCCCAAAAAUUUCCAAAAAACCACGUGUUGAUAGAAGAGUUAACACUUUAAAGUUUUGUACACAAUUUGGUUGCACUGAUUCAUUUUUUGACAAUGAAUCAUUAGAAGUACACUUGUUAUCAGAAAACCACAAUUUUCAAUCUGUGAAGAAAUCAAUGGUAGACAGAGCAAAACUAUCUUAUAUCAACAAAAUGAAAAUUUCAAACCUAAAUUCUUAUGAUUAUCUGCCGUCAUCCCAAUCUGUCAUUAAAGUGAUUGAAAACUUCACAGACAUCACUGGGUGGGCAUUACCAAAAAGAAAAGUGUUCAGAUAUUCUUCAAAGCAGAAAACAUUGUUAAUGCAGAUGUUUAUGUCUGGAGAAGAACAAGGGAAAAAAAAUGAGCCCAGAGCAGGUUCACCAGCAGCUGAGGACAAAGUUAAAGCCAAGUGAAUAUGUGACAACUCAACAAAUUCGAUCAUUAUUCUCUAGAUGGAGUAAACAAAAAAGAGAAGGAAAGCUAGUUACCAUUUUUUGUGAAGAUGCUAAUCUAACUGAUGACAUGAUUGAUCUGACUGAUGAUGCGAGACAUACAAGUCAAAAUAAAGAUGAUGAUUUAAACAACGAUAUUCAGCUCAUAGCAAAGGAGUUAGCAGCUGAUUUUCAAAUCGGUGAUGGGGUUGCUAUUGAAUAUAUUGAAUAAUAUGCUGUGGUAUCCUGCAAUAAUUCAAAGUGUAAGACGUUAUAACAUCAAAAUAUUUAAUUUUUGAGUAUUAGAUCUUUUUUAUUAAGUUAUAUAAUUGUUAAUUUAUUAACCACAACAUUUAAAUGUAAGAUAUAUUUAGAAAGCACCAAUGAUUAGACGUUGUUUUACUUUUAACUUAACCCUGUAGGUCAAUCGUGACAAUGUUCAUGUUUCUUGUAUGGAAUAUUCUACUACACCUGGAAAAAACUGUUUCAAGUGACCAACCAAGGAAAAUACUCUCAAAUAUUUAUAUCGUUAUUUGACGUUAUUAUGACGUUAUUUGUAAGAUUGAUGCACCAACACCAACUAAUCAAAGAGGGGACUAUUCUCUCUCAAUAGACGAUAUGUAUAACAUAGAAAUUCAGAUUGACAGAUAAACUUCUUUAAAACUUUAUUUGGUUUGCUUUCUUGAACAAGUUGUAUUUGAAAAAACGUUUAUCCGAAAUUUACAUAAUUGUUUUAACAAUGAUAUAAACACUUCAAAGUGUGUGAUGUUUAGAUCUUUUUCUCAUUAAAGAAGCUUAGAAAAUAACUUUUAUCAAGCUCUUUUAUACAGUUUUUUGUUAUAAAAAUGUAUUUUUUAUUUAUUUUUAA